CAAUCUCUCUCUUUGUAAGAAAAUGCAAACUCUAACUCUCUACCAACGCUCUUCAUCAUCUUCCUUACAAAAAAAUGACCUCUCUCUAUAAUCAAGUCCCUUUUGUAUCUACAGUUUUCUCUCUCUACACAACAUGUUCUGCAAUCAUGAUGCUUUUUCGUACUAUCCUCAACGAGAUUUUGCCUAAGGAAAUCCGAGAUUACAUCAGUCUGAAAUUUGUAAACAUCUUCUCGUCUAACUUUCAGUCGAGCUUCACCUUUGUGAUCGAGAAACAGUGGGAGUUUGUGGACAACCAGACUUUCCGUGCGGCCGAAGUUUACUUACAGAGGCGUCUUGCCGGACUCUCCACCGGAAAACUCGUCGUGGGUUCGAGCAGUCUCAAGAAUCCAGAGGCUCAGCUGAAACUUGGAGUCCCUGUAAACACAAAAAUCAUCGAUGAGUUCGAAGGGAUUCAUCUCGAGUGGACUCUACACUCUUCUGAAACUAAGUUGUAUCCUUACGAGAAACGGUACUUUCAUCUGACAUGUGAGGAGGAGUUUCGUGAGAAGAUAAUGACAGAUUACUUCACAUACUUGACUAAAUCAGCAGAGAAGACACUUAAACAUCGCGAGAAUCUCCAUAUCUACACUUACAGCGAAGACGAAUGGGAAGCCGCCAUUUUCGAACACCACACAACCUUCGAGACGCUAGCCAUUGAGCCGAACCUUAAGACCACAAUGAUCGACGAUCUUGACGCUUUCUCUAAAGGAAAAGACUUCUUCAAGAGCGUGGGACGUCCUUGGAAACGUGGAUAUCUUCUUUACGGUCCACCAGGUACCGGAAAAUCCUCUCUGGUGGCUGCAAUUGCUAAUCACAUGAGGUACCAUAUCUAUGAUCUCCAGCUUCAGAGCAUUAGUGAUGAUGGUGAGUUGCGGAAUAUUCUCAUCUCCACAGAGAACCGGUCAAUUCUUCUCAUUGAAGACAUUGAUUGUGGAUCUGAUGCUUCUCGUAGACGCCAGAAAAAGAAAAAGGAAGACGAUAGCGAUGAAGAUGAUGGUGAGCCCCAAAAGCGGAAGAAGAAGAAGUUCCAAGUUGGGAUAUCUUUGUCUGGUCUGUUGAACUUUGUAGACGGGCUUUGGUCGAGCUGCGGAGAAGAAAGAAUCAUAAUUUUCACAACCAAUCACAAGGAGAAGCUCGACCCGGCGUUGCUGAGGCCAGGAAGAAUGGACGUUCAUAUUCACAUGGACUAUUGCACGCCCUAUGUGUUCAAGAAGCUUGUGGCUAUGUACCUCAAGACUAAUGACCAUGUCCUGUUUGAUCCCAUCGAGAAGCUCGUCCUUGAGGUGAGUGUAACUCCGGCUGAAAUCACGCAGCAGCUCAUGGCGAGUAAGAAUGCUGAUAUUGCACUCAAAGGUCUCCUUGAAUUCCUGGAAACAAAGAAGAUGAAGAAAGAAGAAGAUAACAGAGUGGAGGAAGAAGGAGAGAUUGAAGAGGCCGAGACUAAAGAAGCCGAACCAGAUGCAGAAACAUAAGUAGAU